AUGGGAUCCGUAGCCAUCACCAAGAAGCUGCAAGCCGUCCAACGUAGAGCCGCCAUUGGUAUCACAGGCGCUAUCCGCACAACAGCAGGAGAUACCCUUGAUGCGCACCUCAAUAUGCUACCAAUCGAAGAAACUCUACGCCUCACAUGCCAGAAGGCGGCGGCCCGGCUGGCAAGCCUGCCCGCUACCCAUCCUCUCUCCAAAUUCGUGAAACGAGCAUCAAGAGGACUCCUCCAGAGGCACAACGCCCCCCUACAUCGCAUCUUCCACUCCAUCGACUCCAAAGUAGACGACCUCGAAACCAUCACCCCAGCAUCACGCAACCCCAACGCCACUAACCCAUUCACUAUCUCAAUAGAGGAGUUGAGGAUGUUAGCGAAAGAGGCGGACAACAACAGCAACGGCAACAACGAGCGGGUAGUAGUUUAUACGGAUGGCUCAGGAAUGGAAGGCAUGAUAGGAGCAGGUGCAGUACUCUACAGAGACGGAGUACAGAUAAGGUCAGCAAGAUUCCUGCUUGGAGAAGACACGGAGCACACGGUACACGAAGGAGAACUCGUUGGAAUUGCACUCGGAGUCCAGCUAGCCAAGAUGGAAAGGAUCAUCAUACCACGUAUCAAGAUCAGCCUCGACAACCAGGCAGCAAUACAAGGAAUGGAGAACGUCAGUGCCAAAGCCGGCCAACACAUCAUCCACAAGAUCCACAGAGCAAUAGACGAACUGCGCAAUGAUCAAAAGCGUAGACAAGAACUCGUAGAGGCAAGCGAUGACGAGACGAGGAUCAAUCAAUCGACUCAGAUCACUCUCACGUGGGUCCCAGGGCACGAAGGGAUCGAGGGUAACAAAGCAGCGGACAAGGAGGCCAAGAAGGCCAUCACAGAUGGAUCAUCCACAGCAGCAACACUCCCACCAUGGACGAAGGACACCCUCCUGCAGAAUAUCUCGGCACUCAGACAGGAACUCAAACUUGCAGCAAGGAAGUCAGCACACGACAAGUGGAAAUCUUCAGCAUGGUAUGACAGGACCAGGCCCAUCGACGAGACAAUGCCAUCCAACAAAUAUCUCCAAAUCACAGACGAGCUAACGAGAGCAGAAGCAGCGGCACUUAUUCAGUUACGUACAGGACAUAUCGGACUGAACAAGCAUCUGAACCGCAUCAACAGAGCGGAUGCACUGUGGUGCCCACACUGUGGAGAGGGAAAUGCAGAAAACAUAACUCAUCUCCUCCACAUCUGCCCAGCGUACAAUGCAGCGCGAGCCGAAUGGGAAGGAGCAUUGCGUGAGAAGACGAGAGAACCAGCGGAGAUACUAGGGACAAAGGAGGGAAUCAAGGAGACGUUGAAGUUUAUCAGGAGGACGGGGAGGUUGAAGAUGGGACGGGAGGAUACAAACGGAAGGGAAAGAGAGUAA